ACUGCGCUCUCGCCUUCUUCAAUCAAUUUCAAAGCUUCUACAAAGAGAACAGAGAGAGCGAGAGCGAGCGAGCGAGCGAGAGAGAGAGAGAGAGAGAGAGAAGGUGCAGGAAUGGCGAAGGUGUGGCGAGACAUAGACGAUCUGCCGAAGAAUGAUGCGAACUACACAGCGUUGACGCCACUUUGGUUCCUGGAGAGAGCGGCUAAGGUGCAUCCGACCAGAAGGUCCGUAGUCCAUGGAUCUCUGCAGUACACAUGGCACCAGACGUACGAGCGCUGCCGACGGUUGGCCUCUGCGCUCACCAGUCACUCCAUCGGCCCCGGUUGCACGGUAGCAAUAAUAGCACCAAACAUCCCUGCUAUGUAUGAAGCUCAUUUUGGAGUACCAAUGUCUGGAGCAGUGGUAAACUGUGUAAACAUUCGUCUGAAUGCAGCCACAAUUGCAUUUCUUUUAGGUCACUCAAAGUCCGAAGUUGUGAUGGUGGAUCAAGAGUUUUUCCCCUUGGCAGAGGAAGCUUUGAAAAUCAUGUCAGAGAAAAGCAAAGGCAAUUUCAAGUAUCCUCUCUUGAUCGUCAUAGCUGAUGAAAGCUGUGAUCCGAAGCAACUGCACUAUGCAUUGGGAAAAGGUGCCAUUGAAUAUGAGAAGUUCCUGCAAAGUGGUGAUCCUGAGUUUGAUUGGAAACCUCCGGCUGAUGAGUGGCAGAGCAUUGCUUUGGGUUACACUUCUGGCACUACUGCUAGUCCCAAGGGGGUGGUGUUGCACCAUCGAGGGGCGUAUCUCAUGGCUCUCAGCGGUGUUCUUAUAUGGGGGAUGACUGAAGGUGCUAUUUACUUGUGGACUCUCCCAAUGUUCCAUUGUAACGGUUGGUGUUACACUUGGUCACUUGCAGCUCUUUGUGGAACAAACAUAUGUCUCCGGCAGGUCACAGCGAAAGGAGUCUACUCUGCGAUAGCAAAGUACCGGGUGACUCACUUCUGUGCGGCCCCUGUGGUGCUCAACUCCAUUGUCAAUGCACCACCUGAAGAUACAAUUCUACCUCUCCCCCAUGUUGUCAAUGUAAAUACAGCUGGUGCAGCUCCACCCCCUUCUGUAAUCUUGGCUAUGUCUCAAAAAGGCUUCAGAGUCACCCAUACUUAUGGUCUCUCAGAAACCUAUGGUCCCUCAACUGUAUGUGCGUGGAAGCCUGAGUGGGAUUCACUGCCAGCAGAACAGCAAGCUCGCCUCAAUGCCCGUCAGGGCGUGCGAUAUAUUGGCUUGGAAGGUGUUGAUGUUGUUGAUACGCAAACCAUGAAACCUGUUCCUGCUGAUGGAAAAACUGUUGGAGAGAUAGUAAUGCGUGGCAAUAUGGUGAUGAAAGGUUACUUGAAAAACCCGAAAGCUAAUGCAGAGACUUUUGCUGGUGGGUGGUUUCAUUCUGGAGAUCUUGGCGUGAAGCAUCCGGAUAAUUAUAUCGAAGUAAAGGACAGAUCGAAGGACAUUAUCAUCUCUGGAGGUGAGAACAUUAGUAGUGUAGAGAUUGAGAAUACUUUAUAUCAACACCCUGCGGUAUUGGAGGCGUCAGUGGUGGCUAGGCCGGACGAGCGUUGGGGAGAGUCACCUUGUGCUUUUGUGACAUUAAAGUCAGGGGUGAAUGCAUCGAAUGAAGAUCGUUUAGCGGAGGAUAUAAUGAAAUUCUGCAGGUUGAAGAUGCCUGCUUAUUGGGUUCCGAAAUCAGUAGUAUUCGGACCAUUGCCAAAAACUGCUACCGGAAAGAUUCAGAAACACAUCCUGAGAGCGAAAGCCAAAGAGCUCGGACCUGUCAAGGUGAGUAAGUUGUGAGACGAGUAAAUUGUAAAUCACGUAAUGAAAAAAACUGAAUAAAUCGGGCUGAUGAUGAUGAAAAAAAAAAAUAUACAAAAUUUCUUUACUGUUUAUGCUGGUUUAAUGCAAUACAGGUUUUUGUAUUGUGGAAGAUUACUGCAUUAAUUCUAUGAUAAAGUUUAUUGUUCUGUGCCCAAAGGGAAACUGCUGGGUCUACGACCCUG